UUGUACAUCUGGGGUGAUACCCAUCAGUUUCCGGGUUAGAUCCGCUUAUAAGUCAGGCCAGAAUCAGCCCUAGGAGGGGCCAUGGAGGUCAGGGGACGCCCCAGUGACCAGAGACCCCAGAGCUUACUCAGGCAGUUUAGCAGACUUUGAGGAGCUCAUUAUUCAGCCCCUCCCUGGAGCACCCCAGACACCCCAACUGGUGAAAGCCUGAUGAGGAGACGGUCCAGGCAGCCCUCAGCCCUUGUCACACACAGGGCGACUCGGGAAGUUUCCCUCUCAGGCCUGAAAACCCUCUUUACUCCCUUCACUCAGUCACCAAAUUUUGUGGAAGAGGAAGAAUUUCUUUAGGAUGCUUAAGGCAAAGGAAGUGCAACAAGCCGGAGACUAGAUGGCAUCUCGGAGCCGGGUCUGACAGAGAAAUAGUCAUUGUUCCUAAACUACAGGAAGUGGGGCUUUUCAGCUAUGGGGCUCUGCUAUUAGGAUCAAUACUGCACCGGAACCAUCCCUCCUCCGGCCCCUCAUUCAGGACCAGGACCAGGAUCAGCUGGUCAGCCUCAGUUUGAUCCUCCCUGAAAUGAGGAGGUCGCGCUUAGGGGCUUCUUGGGUCCCUUCUCAUGCUCGGUCUGUGUUCUCAGAAACGCUUCCGUGGUUCUUUCCAUAGCGGCCUCCUAUAUCACAGGAAGGAGGUCCAGGAGGAUCUAAGCUAACAGUACCAGAAAGGAAAGGAAACUAAAAAGACGCGGCUGCAGCCAGGGAGACUGGGAACGCUUGUGGCGUGGCCCCUCCUCCACCAACACUCCAAAAAUAACAGGAUCAGGAAGUAAGACACCAUUUCCCAGAAUGCCUCUGGCACGACAUUAUCUAGUUAGUGGCAGUCCCAUUGUAGAAGACUCCAUUUCCCAGAAUGCUUGUGGCACGACCGCAGUGGCAGUCCCAUUGUAGAAGACUCCAUUUCCCAGAAUGCCUGUGGCACGACCGCAGUGGCAGUCCCAUUGUAGAAGACUUCAUUUCCCUGAAUGCACGGGUCCUGACUUCACCCAAGUCAUGGCACCUCCUCCUACGGCAGUCUCUAGGCAUGCUGGGAAACUGGAAAGGUGCACAAAGAGGAAGUCUCCCCACCUUGGGCCUGCCACCCCCUGAAGGAUCACAGUGUGACCCAAGCAGAGACCCUGCAGCCAGAAGGAAUGGCCCCCAGGACCCCGAGGCCCCCUUCCCAGGGGUCAAUAACAUUCAAGGAUGUGGCUGUGGACUUUACCCAGGAGGAGUGGCGCCUGUUGGACCCGUCUCAGAAAGAGCUGUACAGGGAGGUGAUGCUGGAGAAUGUUCAGAAUCUACUCUCUGUGGAGGCAGAGACUUAUUUUGAAAUGAAAGAGAUGUCUACAAAGCUGAGCCUUUUUAUGGAAGGAUCUGAAGGAUCUGGCUCUCCAAGAGGCAUGAAUAAGAGUACCUAUGACUUCACUUUGAGAGAAAUCUGUGACUCUAAUAUCAAGGCAAAUCCAAAUCCAAAGAGUGACUGUGAAUUUGAUGAAAUUGAAGAGAAAUUCAGCCAACAUUCAAUCCUAAAUCAGUAUACAAAAUUGACCUCAGGAAAUGACUGUUGUUUGGAAAGUGAAUACACUAAAUGUUUUCCUGAAAAAGCAGUUUUUAACCAGUCCCAUGAGAAACCUCCUGAAAUGUCCAUGUAUCAAGAUAACCUAGGGAGAAUCGCCUAUCGCUUGAGUUUACACAUCAGAAGUCAUCCAAUGAGUCAACAUGUAGAGGUGCUUUCUAUAGGUAACAAAGGAGUGAGACCUUUCAGUCAGAACUGUGAGCUUGGUUCAUAUCAAAUAAUCCAGUCUGGAGAGAGAGCUUAUGAAUGUACAGAAUGUGGAAAGGCUUUCUCACUUAGGAGUGGUCUUGCUAGUCAUCAGAGAAUCCACACUGGAGAGAAACCUUAUAAAUGUACACACUGUGGAAAGGCUUUCACAUGUAGGGGCAAUCUUAUUACACAUCAGAGAAUCCACACUGGAGACAAACCUUAUGAAUGUAAAAACUGUGGAAAGGCUUUCAUACAGAGGAGUCAUCUUGCUAAGCAUCAAAGUAUCCACACUAGAGCGAAACCUUAUGAAUGUACACAAUGUGGAAAGGCUUUCACACACAGGGUCCAUCUUACUGAACAUCAAAACCUCCACCCUGGAGAGAAACCUUAUGAAUGUAUACAAUGUGGAAUGACUUUCACACAGAGGGGCACUCUUGCUAAGCAUCAGAGAAUUCACACUGGAGGCAAACCUUAUGAAUGUAAACAGUGUGGAAAGGCUUUCACACAGAGGGGCCCUCUUGCUAAGCAUGAAAGUAUCCACACUGGAGAGAGACCUUAUGAAUGUACAGAAUGUGGAAAAACUUUUAGACUGAGGGACUAUCUUACUGAACAUCAGAGAAUCCACACUGGAGAGAGACCUUAUAAAUGUAAACAGUGUGGAAAGGCUUUCACACAGAGGGGCUCUCUUGCUGCACAUCACAGAGUCCACACUGGAGAGAAACCUUAUGAGUGUACACAAUGUGGAAAGGCUUUCACAUGGAGGGGAGAUCUUGGAAAACAUAAGAGAAUCCACACUGGAGAGAAGCCUCAUGACUGUAAACAGUGUAAAGGUUUUCCCAGGGAGGGGCUAUCUUGCUGUACAUCAGAGAAUUCACUCUGGGAAGAAACCUUAUGAAUGUCAACAAUGCGGAAAGGCUUUCACACUGAGGGGCUCUCUUACUGCACAUCACAGAGUCCAUACUGGAGAGAAACCUUGUGAGUGUAAACAAUGUGGAAAGGCUUUCACAUGGAGUGGAGAUCUUGGAAAACAUCAGAGAAUCCACACUGGAGAAAAACCUUAUGAAUGUACACAAUGUGGAAAGGCUUUCCCAUGUAGGGGCCAACUUGCUGCACAUCAGAGAAUCCACACUAGAGAGAAACUUUAUGAAUGUAAUAAAUUCAGAUAGCCUUUCUCUUAAAACUCCACAGUUGGCUUCAUGUCACAAAAUCCCCACUGGAGAGAAACCUCACAAGUGAGGCUGAGCUUAUAGUUGCCACUCCUAGCUUAUUUAACAGAAGAGGAUCUGCACUAGAGAGAAACUUUAGGAAUAUGAUCAAUGUGAUAAGGCCUUUAAGCAAUAAUCAUCUUUUAUUCCCAAUUAAGAAUUCCUGAGUGAGAGGCGGCGGCUGAGGCUGAGGCGGCCAAAGAGCUGCACCAGCCUCGCUGUCCGCCCGCCUCCUCUCCCUCUCUCCCUUCCUGCUCCGGGUGGCCGCGGCGGCGGCGGCGGCAUUUAUUGGCGCUCUGAACGAGAGUCCGCACACACACAUGGGCAGGGUGGCCGUGGCCGCGGGAACUCGGGGCGCCAGCUCAGCCCCUUUCCGCCAGAGCCCUGGGGCCAGGAGGAGUACCCCCUACAGGUGGACGCCUCCCCGGGGCCCGUCCGCCCUGGGCGCCUCCGCAGCUCCAGUGGCCCAGGAGGCGGAGGCGAGGGGCGGCCGCUCCUCCUCCAGCCCUACUCCGGGCUCGAGGACCUGGCAACCAUGGGUCGGGGCUGAAAGGAGGAUCCGGGGCGCUGAGGGGGCGCCUGAGCCGUUCUUGGCGCGCCCCUUCCCCGCCAACACCCCGCCUGGCUUCCCGGCGAAUGGCUUUCAUGAUGAUGAAGAAGAAGUUCAAGUUUAAGGUGGACUUCGAGCUGGAGGAGCUCUCCUCAGUGCCCUCUGUCAAUGGAAUCUUCUGCAAGAUGCAGCUGCUGGACGGGGGCAGCUUCUGUGCCGAGUCUUCCAGAGAGGUGGUGCAAGCAAAUUGUGUUCACUGGAGAAAGAAGUUCUCAUUUAUGUGGAAAAUGAGUGCGAGUGCUGCUACAGGCAUUCUGGAUCCUUGCAUCUACAGGGUCUCUGUGAGGAAGGAAUUAAAAGGUGGAAAGGCUUAUGCAAAGCUGGGCUUUGCAGAUCUAAACCUAGCAGAGUUUGCUGGAUCAGGAAAUACCACUCGUCGCUGUUCACUAGAAGGUUAUGAUACCAAAAAUACAAGACAAGAUAAUUCUAUUCUUAAGGUCUUGAUAAGCAUGCAGCUCAUGUCUGGUGAUCCGUGUUUUAAAACACCUCCAUCCACAUCUAUGUAUAUACCGAUUGCUGGUGAAUCUGAAUCUCUACAUGAGGAUCAGAAGGGUGGAGAGACUCUCAAAAUCCAUCUUGGAUUGUCAGAUCUUUCGGCAAAGAGUGCUUCCGUUCCAGAUGAACUUGGUGCCUGUGGACACUCCAGAACAUCAAGCUAUGCAAGCCAGCAAUCAAAAGUAUCAGGUUAUAGUACAUGUCACUCCAGGUCAUCUAGUUUCCUUGACCUCUGCCACAAGAGAAAUGCUUCAGUGGGAAGUACAUCAACAAGAAUUGAAAGUAUCCUGGAGCCAAGUGAUGAUACUGAACCAAAAAUUGAUCUUAAUCCUGAUGUACCUAUUAAACAAGAUUCGGAUGAAUCAUCAGAAAAACUCAACAGGCACCCUGUGAAGCAAGAUUCUGUGGAAUCUCAACUAAAACGUGUUGAUGCUACCAGAGUGGAUGCCGAUGAUAUUGUUGAAAAAAUAUUGCAAAGUCAAGACUUCAGCUUGGACUCCAGUGCAGAAGAAGAAGGACUGAGGCUCUUUGUGGGUCCAGGAGGGAGUACGUCUUUUGGCAGUCAUCACCUUCCAAAUAGAGUGGGAUCUGGUGCAUAUGAGCAAGUCCUGAUCAAACGCUAACAUGGAGCUUUCCUGUGGAUUUCAGAGUUGAUCAUUGGGUUUCUUUCCCCAAACUCUUAUGAGAAAAUGCACAGAAGAUGAUGAAUUGGAUUCUUCUUUGAAAAGGAAAACGAACAUUGGUUUGUCUUGUUCAUCUCAAAGUGCCUCUUGUGCCAUGAAAGGACACUUCAGCAUGGUAGUACAAGGCAUCAUUACACACGAGGGCCGUGUGUGGGCAAAAGUUGCAAAUGCACAUAUUAGUGAAAUACUUGCUUUUUACCUAGAAAACAUCCUAUCUUGGGAAGGAGAAAAAGAAUGCUAUAUAUUUAUUUUAAGUGUCGUUUCUAUAUGUGCAUUCACAAUCAGUGAUAAUUACUAUAUUUGGAAUUUGGCUGUAAGAAGUUCCUCUUUUUAACUGACAAACAUUUGUGAAUCCACAAUUUAUAAAUUAUUCCUAUAUUAAUACAGUUUUUUUCAAGGAACUCUUCCUAUACACUACCUAUAAUAUCACUACCAAAUUGUCAUCACUUUUCCAGGCAGUACUUAAUUUAAAAUAUGGAUUUAUGCUUUUAGGGGAAAAAUGCUUCUCUGAUCUAAAAAUACCUUUUUGUUAUUAGGUCUAAAUUUAUCAAACAUAAAUAUGCCUUCAGUACUCAGGAACAGGUACAUAAAAAUUAAGUUAAGUAAUUAGGAUUGGCACCAUCAAAUGGAAUUCUUGUAUAAAAUAUUGCUCCUGUUUGCUAAUAGCUAUGGAAAAGCUAUGGGCACUGCCACUCUGGAAUUGUUUCCAAAUAAGCUUUUAAGUUUAACAUCCAAUAUAUUAGGUCACCAGAAGUCACCUUGACCCAGCCAGGAGUUAUCUCACGGAGUGAUGGAAUCUACUGUUUUAGGUACAAAAAUCUGUCAUCUCAGUGGAGCCUGGAUGGCCUUUGACCCUAAAGUUCAGCUCUAUGUGAGCCUAGAAAAUGAAUCCAACAUGGCACAGCAGAAAGCAAAACAGACCAGCUACUGCUCGGCAUUGAUGACACGAAUGUGUUUCUUCUAUCAGCUCUCUGUAGUCAGGUAUUAUUUUUCCUUAAAAUGCCCAAAGGUGCCUUGAGAAAAAAGAGGCUAAGGAGAACCACAUCAAAGAAUACAGAGACUAUGCAGCCAACUUCCACUUAAUUAUGGGAUAUGAGUCAUUUCUAAUGGGCACAGGGGGAGCAGUUGACACUGCAGUAUACAUGUUAGAACUUCACCUUUUUCAUUCUGGGUCAUUUAAUCACUGUAACAAAAUGUUAAUUCUUGAUGAGUAAUUCCGAGCCUCUUAACUCUCAGACCUGACAUGCUAUGUUCAAGAAAGGCAUUGCAUUAAAAUGUCUGGAAAUAGAAUUUUUUAGCAAAACUAUUUUCAUUAUUUAGUCUAAAUUAGAGAGCAAUUAUAAUAUUUAUUUAAAUGAAAGUCAUUUUUAAUAUUCAAGUUUUAUUUUUAACAUACUAUAUAGAGGUUUAGAACAGUUAUAAUAGCAAAUGUUGGGACUUAAGUGUUUUUCUGAUGUUCCAUUGUUUCAUAUAUGUAUUCUUUGGCGCAUUGCUAUUUUUAAAUGUAGGACUUGAGCUGGAGGGGGUUGGGGGUGGGAGAGGGUAGGCAGAUGGAACUAGGCUUGUGAUUUCAUUAGUUUAGGAAAUUCUUGGAAUCAAUAUUCAUCCUGCCAAAGCAUAUUAAAAUAAAGGAAAGGGAAUAUUUAUUGAAGAAUAGUUAGAAUGAUAACGGUUUGGGUUACCAGAAUCAUUAUUUAGAAAUUCUUUUGGAGAAGCAAUCAUUGAGAAUUAAUGAAAAGAAGCUUAUUUUAAAGGAGAUAAAGUUAUUUGCAAACACUUAAUACAGACUGCCCCAUAUAUUAUAGAAAUCAUUGUAACAAAUAAAGGACAAUUUUAAUAGAGAGCCAAAAAUAUUGUUUUAAAAAGAACUAUUUCUUAAUGGCAUGACACUGAGAAACAUAUUUUUCUAUUACCCAAAUAUUGUUUCUAGGUUAUAUUUUUUAUUGGAGUUACAAAUGUUGGCUUUCUUGUAUGAAGAUGAGAGCCAGAAUGUGUUUCCAUAGUGCAAUGCUAUUUUAAAAUAACAAUAGUGUGGAGAGAAAUGGAAAAACUAAAAAUCAUAUUUUUAUUUUAGGAAUAUAAUAGCUACCAGUAAAUCUUGCUCUUAGAACUGUCGAAUACAAAGUUGAAAAAAUGUUUUAGUGAAUAUAAGCAUUAAUUAGGAGAGGGAGAAAAGCACUUGUAAGGAAGUGCCUUUAGAAUAUGAAUUCAAUGACAGACUAUUACAUCAUUUUAUUUCUCUUUCAUCUUCCAUUAGUAUUGCAUUCAUGGAGUUUAAAAAAAAAACUUUCUCCAGUAUUGGUAUAAAUUUUGUAUUAUUUAAUGUUUUGAUUAAACAGCUGCAUUCCCUUUCUAGUUUUAUUCACCUAGGGCUCCAGUUGCCUCAGAACAUCAUAGUAGUCCAGUAUUUUUGAAGUCACAAGUCUAACUUUAUUCUAACUUACAAUUAGAAAAUCUAAUUAUAAGAAUUAUUUGCAGUUUUAAUAGAUUUUUAAGCAUUCAAGAAAAAUUCAAAUACUUAGAACCAAAGAAGUUUUAAAAAUCUGAAAGAGGGAAAUAAUGUUUUUCUUUUUUUCUGAUUCUGUCCCAAAGAAGAGUAUUAGGAUAUUCUUUUUUUUUUUUAAACCCUUACCUUCUGUCUUGGAGUCAAUACUGUGUAUUGGCUCCAAGGCAGAAGAGUGGUAAGGGCUAGGCCAUGGGGGUCAAGUGACUUGCCCAGGGUCACACAGCUGGGAAGUGUCUGAGGCCAGAUUUGAACCCAGGACCUCCCAUCUUUAGGCCUGGCUCUCAAUCCACUGAGCUAUCCAGCUGCCCCCUAGGAUAUUCUUAAGGAAUAUAAUUAUAUCUUAAAAUAUUGGGGCAAAGCAUCAGUAAAGAUGAGGGGAAAAACUAUAAGGAUAUGCUUCAGAGGAGUGUAUCUGUAGAUGUCAGUCUGAAUGCCCAUUUUCACAAGGCCAAGUAUGGUUCCCCCAAAUCAAAAGAUCUGAAAAAACACAUGGAAUACUCUUUCUAAUCCUAUUAAGAAUUCCUUUUGGAUAGAAAUCUUAUUCCUGUCAUGAAUGAAGAAAGAAAUUGAAAUCGAGAGUCCAGAGCUUGUUCAGUAUGAGUUUUUCUGUAGGAAGGCUUUCAGCCAGAGAUCAUCUCUUCAUAUCAGACAAUUCAUAGUGGAAAAAACCCUAAUGAAUAUGCUCAAGUUUAUGUGUUUUCCUUGGGAGGAGGAUAAUCAGUAUCAUUUGGAGAAAUGCAAAUGAUAACAAGUCUGAGGGACCAGCCCACAUCUAUUAGAUUUACAGAAAGGGAAAGUGAGAAAUGUUGGAAGAUUGAAAAAUAAAUGAACUUUUGGGGUUGUGAACUAAUCGAGCCAUUCUUGAGAGAUCAGUUUGGAACUGUGCCCAUAGAACGUUUAAAAACAAAAAGGAAUAGGACCUACAUAUAUAUUACAAAUACAAAACACUUCAAGUUGCUCUUUUUGAGGUGACAAAAAAAUUGGAAUUGAAGAAGAGAAUCAUCAUUUGGGCAAUGGCUGAGCAAAUAUGGUGGCAUAUGAUUGUAAUGGAAUCCUAUUAUUUUAUAUUUAAGGAGGAAAAGGUGGAGCUUAGAAAAACCUGAAAACACUUGAGAACUGAUGUAGACUAUUUAAUUUAAUAAAAAUUAUCCAUUUUACAUUU